AUGGCUUCCACUUCAGACCCUGACCACGUGGCACUAGGCAUAGCAUCAAGCAUUGCUAUCUCUCUCUUUCUCACUCUUCCGCUAUUGUGGAUCUUUUUCCGUACCCGCUCUCGACCGAGCUCUUUCAUGUGGAAAGCUAUCUAUGUUCCUCGGACCUGGUGGCCCGGGCCGAGUCAAAGAGUCCAUCCUAUAUUUGAUCCGUUUCCCGGAUGCUCACUUUUCAAAUUCUUGUUGAUGGUUCUUAAGGGUUCAACCACUCAACAGGCCUCCUCGAAACAAUCCUCAAGACAGUCCCCGAAUGGAGAUUACUCGACUUUCAUGACGGACGAAGAAAUCCAUCUGAGGUUUCUUGCGUUAUGCCUCAGAUUGGCUCUUCUAGCCUUGCUCCUGGGGCUUCCAACUUUUUUGGCCCUCUUCAUCACCGGUGUUCCACCUCCAUCUCCAGAGUCUCCGAAAUUCAGCUCCGUCCAAAACUUUACCGUCCUCAGGCUGCUUUACCAAUACGAUCUCACCCCGACAUCCUUCUCGACUCGUUUGAUUAUCUGGGCGAUUGCUGCGCUCUUGAUAGGAGUCGUGCUAGCUUUUCUGCUUAUCCUCUUCGAGUGGCAUUAUCUCAAGAAGAAUCUACAAAGGUUCUCUCAAGAAAAAUGUGGAGGUUUACAGAUUGUGUAUUUCCCCCGGAAACCUCACAGUGGAUUUGAGGAAGUGGGUGAAAAGAAGAUGGCUAACUGGGUUCGAGCUUGUGGAUUGGGUCCGGUCGGCCAGGAGGGAAGCGGUGUAGCUAUUCCAAGUCGUGGAUCUUCUGAGUCUCAUCAACUCGGAAAGAACUCUAGCAGCCCCAGAGACGCCGAUCAAAAGGGACUUGAUUCAGAUGCGGCCUCUAACAGUUCCACAUCCAGCAAGUCGAAUAGUUGCAAACAAUCCCUCAGCAGCUCGGGGGUGCCGCUUCGAUCCGAACAAAGGGGAGUCAUCAUUCAAGGGAUCUUCACUAUAUCACAACUUGAAGGGUUAUACUCACUUUCAGAGAAGCGCAGAAAAGUGCUCGAUGAUCUCGAACUCAACGAGUCCAAAUACGUCGCCGGUUUCCUGCCCGAGAAUGUCGACCAUUCACCCGCCAAAAGGCCCAAGCGGCAAAAUCAUAAUAAAUCUCGCAGCAGAGCAGAGGCCGAAGAAUUGGCAGAGGAGCAGGUGACACCUUACGGUCCACUGGGUCUAUAUAAGCUUGACGCUAAGCCUCGAGAAUCAUCCGGCCUUGGUUGGAAUGACACCAGCCUUCGACUGUCCCGAUUUGAGAGUCAAGAGACACUAAAGGUUCUGCCGGAAAGACUCAGUGGUCAGAAACCAGAAGUUAAAAGUUCAGACUUCUGCUUUGGGGAAAUAAUCGAAGAUCCACAUCUGACGAAUGAGAAGUAUCAAGACAAAUGGGCAAUCGGAAACGAAGUCACACGGCGACUUGAUGGCACCUUCCACAACGUCACUCAGGGCAAUGAAGCUUGCCUGGGGUCCCCGAAGCCAGCUUCUUUAAAAUCUGAGAGGAGCCAUCGCCUUGGAAAUUGUUUCAUCGAACAUACCCAACCAGUUUGUUCUCCUUCAGCCGAAACAAGUACAACUGGAACCGCUAGAUCAUCAAUGGCUCCCAGUCAUACGGGAUCUUGGCCACAGCCUGGUCGUUCAACACCCUCGAGUCUGGCUUCUACCGAUGACACACAUGGAUAUCCACCUCCUUCCUCGACCGCCCCAACCUCAGCUUCUCUGGAUCAUUCGAAUAGCAGGCAUAAUGUUAAAUAUAAUAACAAUCCAUCUGUCCCUGCGGUUAAACUGUCCGACCUGAUUCAGCAAGAAGCUAACAGAAGAACUCGUCUGAGCUUCCCCUCGGACCCCACUAGCAACGCCAGACUGGCCUCCUUCCAUCCUCUAACACAAUCAUUUUCCUCUCCAAAUCUCUUGGGGGGUUCCCCCACACCUGCAAGAUCUCUACAAGGAAGCACGAAUCGAAAUUCUGAAGGACCAGAAAUCAUACCCUACCUAUUUGAUUUACCUGAAACGAUCACAGGUCAGGAUAUGCGACCGAUGCUCAUAAAGUCAGCAACAGAGGAUGAUAAUGGUAAUUCAAAGAAAGUGUCCAACGCAAUCAAAAACCGCAUCACUCUCACAGCUCAUUAUAGCCGGAAAGUCAAGCCGCAUAGGUUCAUGAAUGCCAAGGAAAUAGAGAGUCUAUAUCAUUCCAUCCGCAAGAACCGCUCGCAGCUCAAACGGCUCAACCAAGACUUCCUCGAGGAAAAGCGCAGAGCUGUGGAGGAGAUGGACGAGGGGCUCAAUGGAUCAGUUUUCGGGUGGAUACUUGUGGGAAAAGGUGUGGAGUCGAUUAAAGGCGCUCUACCCAUUGAUGGUAUGACUCGCGAGGAUAUUAAUUGGCAAAGCUUGGGAAAAAAGAGCCGCUUGCCGUUAUUUUGGAUACUGUUUUUGGCGAUUUUUUUAAUUGUUGGAGUAAUCAUUAUUCCGGUUACCGUUUUAUCGAUGGCCGCCACACCAGAGCUCCCCAACGACUCACCGGUUUUCGUUUUUUUGCGCCAACAAACUGGUCUUCCACUUGGUUUAAUUUCGAUUACCAUACCUUCGAUAAUUUUGUUUAUUCUACUUUAUCAGGCUCUCUCAACUAUCUCUUACCUCGCAAUCAAUUUUUCCGGACUCCCCUCGAAAGCUGCUGGUCAAUUACUUUCCGUCAAGGCGAUUUUUAUCUUGAUUGGUGGAUGUUUUCUGAUUUGGUUUUUGAUCUGCGCGAGUGUGAUCGACUUGAGAUUCUCAACGGGGGGAGAAGUAGAAGACAAAAUCGUGAUCAUCGAUCAAUUUUCUAGGAGUAUUCUUGCACUAUCCGAUUCGUUUUUGUCCUUCCAGUGCAUCUUGGCAAUUAUCAUACCCACUGUCAUCUUGACCCAACCCGAAAGAUGGAAGAAGGUUAGAAGGGCUUUAAAAAGUGCACAAACCCCUCGGCAAAGGGUAUUAAGUCUAUGGCCCCAACAGAUGAAUUCCGCUCUAUCUCGAGGAGCUAGUUUGAUGGGAGUUUCUAUCCUUCUGCUCUUUUCUUCGAUAGCUCCGUUGACUAUAAUUCCGAGCGUUGUAUUUUUUGGUUACUUGUCUCUUGUCCAACAACGCAACGUUCGCUACGUAUACAAAAGGGAUUCUCAGAGUGGAGGGAAGACCGAAUUGCAAAUGAUUUUCAUGCUUUCCAUCCUUUUGGGCUUCCAUAGCAUGUUUUUGGCUGUGAUCCUAGCAUCCCGCCAACGGUGGGUACUUGCAGCACUGGCUGGGAUCAUUACAUUCUCCAUCCUCACGAUCACUUGUCUAAUGGCUUAUCAAGAAUCAAGCUACGGAGGAAAAAAAGAUCUAACUGCAGAAUCUAAAAGGGCGUUAGAAGUCUUUGAAGCUGGACCUGGAGCAAUCGAUUACGAAUCCAAGGCUCCUCAAGGUGAACCCAGGGCCGCCAAAUCACCGGGAUCCAAGAAAGAAUCUCUUUUUUCCAUAUUUCAUCUUGUCAACUCGAAGAUACGAUCUUCGGAAGUCAAGUUGCAUCGUCCAGUACCUCUACCCAGUGAGAGCGUUGAUGAUCUCGUAGAUACUCGACUAGCUCUUCGAACGUACCCCGACGCCCCUCCACAUCUACCAUUUCUAACUUGGGGGAGUUCACAGGUUUAUUCAAGCGAUAUGCUCUACCCACCAGUCCUUCUGCAAACCUCACCAGCCGUUUGGUUACCCAAGAAUGGUAUCGCGGCUGAAGAGGCUCAUGAGUUGAAAAAGUACUGGGACCUCGAUGCCUUUUAUGAGGAGGGCAUACCAACUCAGCAUUUGAAUCUCCUCUAA